AGAUUGGUUUCACAUAGUUUAUUAAGAAAUACUAGUUGGACUAAAACAGAUGGAUCUUAUUACAAAACGCCUUUUGAAUUUAUGCCAAUUUGCCUAUUUGCAUGCAACCAGUUUGUGAAACUCUUGCUAUAGUUUGUUCAACAGUGUUGCUGUGCAGCAACAACAUUUCCUUAUACUUCAAACAUUAUUGCAUAUCUAUAUAUUGCAUUACUGAAAGAUGCAAAACUAGUUAAAACAGGGCAAUAUAAGGAAAAGUUGAGAAUGUGCCAUGAUUGGGUAAGACGCGUUCCUUUCAUGUCAUUAUGACUCAGACAGAGGAAACUUGCUUUGACACAACUACCGAGUGGUCGCUUCGCUCAGACCAGACAUUGUUUCACACUCUCUGCUUGCAUCUCAAGACACAAUCAGCAAAAUAGUCAGUUGUCAACUCUGAAACUACGCAGCAGCUGUUCCUGUUAAACUACCAUGACAUCCAAUAGCAGUUCACAUCACUGUGGUGCUUCAACUCAGGAACUGGUGGCAUCCGUCCUUCCUCCUAUACUUAUCAUUGAGCUGUUACUCGGUCUGCCUGGCAAUGCCAUGGCACUGUGUGUCUUCAGCAAAACCUUUAGGACUUGGAGGGCCAAUGUCAUGUUCCUCUUCAACCUGGUUUUGUCUGACUUUCUGCUUCUCAUCAGCCUACCCUUUCGCAUCGACAGCUUCAUGCGGGGUGAGAAUUGGAUAUUUGGAGACGCUUGGUGUCGGAUCAACCUAUUCAUGCUGUCAGUCAACCGUUCGGCAAGCAUUGCCUUCAUGACCGCCGUGGCCGUUGACCGCUACUUUAAAGUGGCCCAUCCACAUCACAAAAUCAAUUACAUAAGCACAACACAAGCAGCCGGGGUUGCCUGCUUCAUCUGGGCUGUUGUGAUAUCCCUGAGAAUCCCUUUGCUGGCCAACAAACUUCUGGACAAACUGUCUCAUUGUAGGAGCUUUAGCAACUAUGAUAAACUAUCACCAGGUCUCCAACUGCAUUAUAUCGUGUUUAUCUUAGAGUUCUUUCUGCCUUUAUUACUCCUGAUCUUCUGCUCUGUGAGAAUUGCAUGUAUCCUACGUACACGCAAGAUGGACAAGGACAAGAAAGGGAAAAGGGCUAUUGGGACGGUCCUGGUGAUCGUUGGGGUUUUUGUCCUUUGCUUCUUUCCCAGCAUCGGCACAGGAUUGAUGGCACUCCAUUUAAAAAAGCUUGGACCUAAGUACUGUGAUGCUUACACGUUCACCAGUCAGUUGUUUUCUACAUCCAUAGCCUUCACCUAUCUGAACAGUGCUCUGGACCCGGUCAUCUACUGCUUCUCCAGCUCUAUCUUCCGCAAUUAUUUGAAAAGUGCUGUCAACCGAACUGGAAUCAUGGAGCUACAGAUGAGCCGACGAGGCAGUAUGCCCAGCGGAAGUGACUGAGAGUGGAUUGGGGAUUGAUGAGCAUUGGAUAAGUGUACAUACUGCUUAAUAUACGUUUAUUUUUUCCAUUAUAGUUUUGUCAAAUUUUCCUUUUGAUACAUAUACAUAUAUAUAUAUAUAUAUAUAUGUAUAUAUAUUGUAUUUUUUUUUACAUUUAUUUUUAUACUGAUGCAUUACAAAGUUUUAUAAUACAUCGUCAUAUACAUGAUUUGACUUAAAUGUAGUAAUCAUAUGACAAAUGCUAAAUAAUGUCACAAGAAUGAUAAUAAAAAUAAAUCACAUUUUUAGAAUUGUUAUUUAUUUAUUUAUUUAUUUAUUUUUUUGAUGGAAUGAUCAGUCUGCACACUGUUUUUCGUUCAAAUCACAGCGUAAAUACACAUAGAAAAUGUAUCCUUGUGUCACGGCUGACACGGAAGAUCGUAAGCUGCCUCCGUUCAGCUCAUAUUCUCCAAAAUGGCGCUACGGUGACGCGGAGAGACA